UACUGCUGUUGCUGGAACCGGCUGUCUGCUACUACAGGAAGAAGAUCGUGGCAAGUUACACUUUGAAAGCAGCAGACAGCUUUUUUCCUUCCUUUCUCUCUCUUUAUUUCGUUCUCCUUCUCUUCUCUCUCUUAUUUUCUUUUUGCCUAUCUGUCAGCUUGUCUCUCUUUUGUUUUGUUUCAUUUAAAAACCAGCAUCAAUCAUAAAUCAUAUCUGAUGGAAUGUCAAAAAAUUUUCCUUAGCCUCAUUGUUCUAGUGUCACCUCUCUAUAGUGUUGACUAUGAAUUUGAUAAGGAAACCAACAAGUCUCUUCGUGAGUGAAACGAAAUACAUCUAACAAGUAAAUAAAAUAUGCAGUCACACUUCCUCUACUUUCAUUUUCACUUUCCACUGGGAGUUAUCAUGCUGUUACCCACUUGGGUACUAUAGACAGAUGCACUAGACGCACAUUUCUUUUGGUGGCAGCAUUUCAUCUUGUCAAAAAUAGUAUGUUAGGGUCAGAUGUCAAGUUAUAUUAGCACCAUCUAUGAUAACAGUUCACUGACAGCUGAACCUCAGCAGCAAUCUGGUGCUCCUCAUGGACACAACUGGAUCUAGGCAUUUACCACUGGUCAUCUAUACAAUUUCACACUGGCCCACAUAUCUUCCCACACUCUACAAACUUGCAUAUCCCUAUUUUAGUUAUCUCCAUGCUGAAGUGUGGUCCACUCUUCUUCUACCAGGCAUGGCAUGUUUUCAGUUUAGAUGUUUGUCGUUUACUUACCCAUGGAGGGAUAUUUUCCACUGGUUAACUAAGGCUCUGUCACGUCUUAGAAACAACACAACGCUACAGCCUCAAGAUGCAGAGGAGACAUGUAUCGUCCAUAACUUCCAGCCCCAUCGUGUAGUCCAACCUCACCAAUGCCUUGUGUGUAAAAAAAUAAUAUGGAACCAAGGUAGUUCCUGCGUAGAUUGUCACAUUAUUUGUCACAGGAAAUGUGAAACAGAGGUGAUGACUACAUGCACACCGACAGGAGGUAUACGAGAGAAGAAUGACUUUUUGACUCAAACAAUUCUUCCGGAAGCGUUGGCUUCACCCACCUCUGAAGAAAACAUGUCGGAUCUACGGAAUAUAAUAACAAAAAGCCAAGAAUCAGCUGGGGAAGACCGGUUGGUGCUAGACCUCACCUAUGUCAUGGAAAGGAUUAUUGCGAUAUCCUUUCCCGCUGAGGGACAUGAUGAACUCUACAGCUAUGCACUUAAAGAUGUGGCUAACAUGCUGAAAACUAAGCAUGGUGACAAAUAUCUGGUUAUCAAUCUUUCAGAAAAAAGAGAGGAUUUAUCCCAAAUCAAUGUUCAUGUUGUUGAUUUCGGCUGGCCAGAUCAUCUGGCACCACCCCUGGAGCGAUUAUGUAGCAUUUGCAAAUCUAUUGACUCUUGGUUAAAUUCUGACCCUCAGCAUAUUGUUGUCAUUCAUUGUAAAGGAGGCAAAGGUAGAAUUGCCGUGGUUACUGCUGCUUACAUGAACUACUGUAACAUCUGCUCCAGCAAAGACCAAGCUCUUGAUAGAUUCGCUAUGAAGCGAUUUUAUGAUGACAAACUUGGUGGUUUGCCACAACCAUCACAGAGAAGGUAUGUUCAUUAUUUCACUGGUCUACUAUCCAGUGCAAUCAACAUCAACAGUGAAGCUCUAUAUCUUCACCACAUCCUUAUCCAUGGGGUCCCCAACUUUGAUGGCAAAGGGGGCUGUCGGCCAUUUAUUAAGGUCUACCAAGGAAUGCAGCCUAUGUUUACAUCAGGAAUCUAUACUGUCACUGACAACAUGCAGAAGGUGUGGAUAUCAAUAUCACCUGGAAUACCACUUCGUGGAGAUGUCCUCAUCAAAUGUUAUCACAAAAAACCUAAGGGAAACCAACGCGAGAUAAUUUGGCGUUGUCAGUUCCAUACCUGUGCUAUUUCUGAGAGCAGCUUAGUGUUUAGCAGACAGGAACUUGAUGAAGCUUGUAAUGACCCAAGAUUUCCUGACAAUGGUAAAGUUGAAUUUGUAUUUAGCAGGGAUGCUGAUGGACUCGUUAAAGUUAGUGGAUUUGACUCGUAUGUGAAAGUACCAGUUGAUGAUGGUGGUGAUGGUCUUAUUCGUUCAGACUCUUAUGGAAAUUUCAAUAAUUUAAUAGAAUCCAGCACAAAUGCUGAUGUCAAUGCUAAUGGUCUAGAUAGCACAGUGAACAUCAAUGAAAGUAUCCAGCACUCUGAAGGUCCACUAGAUGGCAGUCUCUAUGCUACAGUCAACAAGAGGCGAAUGGAAUCCACUACAACUACUAGUACUACAUACGUCAAUGGCAUCAACGGAUCUGUGCAUGAUUCUAGUAUGGAUUCGGGUAUAUCCUCCUCUUACGGUUACACAGUAAAUGAGACUGUUCUUCCAAAGACAAGCACUGAAGUGCACACCAGUAGUUCUACAAUAAAGUCAGAACCCACGAAAGCCCUUGACGAGCACAGAGAAUUGGAUGCCAUAUUGGAAGGUUUGCUGAAGGAUCAGGCAUUUGAAUCUGUUACACCAGCACCUGCAUCAGUCAGUGAAACUUCCACUGUGACAUCAUCCUACACAGAGACCCACAAACCAAUGUCAAUUGUUACCCAAAAAACUGAGAUAAUCAAGGAGUCACCAGUUUAUAUAGAAGAGAGCCACUACACCAUCACCAAAUCAAGUGAAGAGAAGAUGAAGCAUGUCCCUAAGAAUGCUUUCUCUUACACUGCACCACCCAUUGUUGAAACAAAGAUAAUCAGGGAGACAGAGUCUCGCAAGAGCCCUGACAAAGAGCCAUCUACUGGCCCAGCUCCAUCUCCUAAAAGCUACACCUUGCCUUAUCGUGCAGAUUAUGAAAAUACUUAUUCUACAACUUACACAACUGAAAACACAUCUCAUAUGGAUUCUGAAGCACUGUCAUGGUUGGAGCAGCAGCAACAAAAGUUAAAGCAGAGGAAAGAAGACGAUGAUGGGAAACGGAGCCAUCAGGAAAAGGCCCUCGUUGAGGAACUGAAACAUGCUCAGACCCGGUACGCUACAAAAAGGGCCAAAAGCGAUCAAGAGGAACACGAAGUGAUGCAGUCAUAUAUUAAUGGCCCAUCUUCUCCCAUCACUUUUGACGGUUACACUGUAUACCAGAUGUCUAUCAGCCCACAGACAACCACUCGUAAGCAUCACAGCGUUAAUGAUGAGGUAUUUGAUGUAAGUGCUUCCGAGACCCACAGUCGCACCGUGAGCAAGCCUCCUCCAUCUCCUGGACCUACUGUCCGGACACCAACCACCACCACACCUCCUGCACCUGUUCGCUCAAGCAGCAAGGACUACAUGCAACGGCAACGCUCAAACAGUCGGGAUUGGCCUCCGCAGCAGAGGCCUCAGCGCGUCAGUACAACAACCAGCGUAGUUACAACCUCAGAAGGUACAGUGGUCAAUGAAACUCCAGUCACGGCAUGCACAAGUCGUAGUAACAGCCGUACUCCCCCUCCAUCUCCGCCACUUGCACAGUUUUCGCCUCCGCCUGCAUCAGCAACGCCUCCUCCGCCUGCAUCAGCAACGCCUCCUCCGCAAUUACCAGAAGCUUCUACUUGCAGUACCUAUCAAGCACCACCUGUGGUAGAGGAACCCAUAGUCCCUCCACCAUCUGUGGUGGAGGAACCCAUAGUCCCUCCACCAUCUGUGGUGGAGGAACCCAUAGUCCCUCCAUCAUCUGUGGUGGAGGAACCCAUAGUCCCUCCAUCAUCUGUGGUGGAGGAACCCAUAGUCCCUCCACCAUCUGUGGUGGAGGAACCUAUAGUCCCUCCACAAGAGCAACAGUACCAAUACACUCCUGUUGAUGAGCCCAUAGUUACAGUCUCCGACCCCCCUCCAUAUUACAACCAGCCAUAUAAUGUAAUUGAAUCGAAGGAUAUCAUAGAUGAUAGCUACCCCAGUCCACCUAGCCCUUACCAAACAACACCCACAGAAACCGAGCAGCCCAAAGUUAGUCCUCCCCAAUCAGAAUCCUCUCCAUCCCCUCAAAUCCAAAUCCACGAACUGGGCCCUGUAACAGAAGUGUUUGUACACAGAUCUUCAAGUGUAUCAUCUAACCAGACAACCCAGGAAACGAGUCCUGACCUCGACCAGCUGGAAGCAGCAAUACAGGCCAUGCAUACCACUGUGAAAGAACCGACACCCCCUCCUGUUCAGCCAACACCGGUACCAGUAGUAACAACGCCACCCCCAGCGCCAGCACCAGUUGUCCAGCAGCAGCAGCAGCAAGAGUUUAUUCAACACAAGAGUGAAUCAUACACCACAGUGACUUCACAAACUUUCGAGAGCCAAAAGCAACAGCAUCAACAGUCUGUGAGUACUGUGCAGCGGAGCAUGUCCCCCGUGUGGGAUAAUGUCAUAGGCUAUCCAACCAAUAACUUUACCCAGGUGCCAAAAGAACCGCCACUGGAGGUUAGAGAAAUAGAAGAAGACCGCAUUUCUUUACGACCCAUUGGUCCAGGUGUUCAAACCCUUGAACCAGAUUCGAUGUCCACUCUUGGUCGCCCAACUACACCAGCUUUCCCCGUCAGCCCUGCAUCAAGUGUCGCAACCCCUCCUUUCCCAGUGUCACCUGGUACGCCUUACGUCAACCCAAGUAGUCCUUUUGGCCAUUCUAAUUACCAUUUUAGGUCUCGUGGCCAUUCAGUUUUGACUCCAGGUCUACACUCGGGCUAUGCUACCACGAUGAUCACCCCCAGUGGCACAGUUCUGCUCCAAUCUGCCAUCACCCCAUCUUCUUCCGCUCAUUUCACAACUGCCACCACAUUAGAAGACAGAUCACAACAACAACAGCCACCGCCACCGGCACCAACACAAGGCAAAUACUAUCGACAGUCAGCCCGUUACUCUGACCCUCUCUAUGCUUCCAUUCCAGAGGUUGCGGAGCCUCACCUGCCAGCGGGCAGUCAACUGUCCAGUCCAACUGGUACAUUGACCGGCGGUCAGAGUAGUCAGUAUAACACCUACGUACAGCAGCAGCAAAAUUAUCAAACCUCCAGCAGUCAUCACCAUCAUCAGCAGCAGCAGCACCAUCCCGGCCAGAUGGCUCCUCCCCAACCUGAUCAACUUCUCUUGCUUCAGCAGCAGCAAAAACAACAGCAGCUGCAACAACAACAACAACAACAACAGCAGCAGUUACAGUAUCAACAACAGCUGCAGCAGCAACAACAACAACAACAACAGUUGCAGCAGCAGCAACAGUAUCAACAACAUAUGCAACAACAGCAGCAUUAUCAACAAUACUCAUCUACAAUUGACGGUAGUGCCACUCUACCUCCAGGAAGUUCCCUCCAUGUUGACACAAGCUCCAGAUCCAUGUCUGCCACUUUACCGCGCAGUCCUUCAUCUGCUGGAAGUCCCCCUUCACCAGGCAGUCUGAACAUACUGCGACAGCAGCUGAGUGCACAACAUAUGGGCAGUAGCGCUAUAAGUCCUGGCCCUCUGUCGAUGGGUGGACAGAGUUCACCUAGUGUCUAUUUUGGACUGUCUCGUAGAGGGAGCAUGUCUUCACUAGCAGAAUCGGACCUUGUUCAGAGUACACCCAAGUUCGUGAAAGAUACGUCCAAGUUCUGGUAUAAACCUAACAUUAGCAGAGAAGAUGCAAUUUUGAUGCUCAAAGAUAAAGCCCCAGGUAUCUUUGUUGUCCGUGACAGCAACUCCUUCCCUGGAGCUUUUGGUCUUGCUCUCAAAGUGGCUCAAGUGCCACCAAAUGUACAGACUAAAGCAGGUGCUGAUCCAGCAUCAGAGCUAGUGCGCCACUUUUUGAUUGAACCUACACCCAAAGGUGUUCGUCUACGAGGAUGCAGUAACGAACCUGUUUUUGGAACUUUGGCAGCUCUUGUGUACCAGCAUUCCAUCACUCCACUGGCACUGCCAUGUAAAUUAGUUCUCCCUGAAUCAGAUCCAGCAGGUGAUGUUAGCAAUCCUGAAAGUCCUCACAGUUCUGAAAUUCCUAGUUCAGCAGCUGCUUUGCUGGCUACAGGGGCAGCCUGCAAUGUUCUCUACCUAAAUACUGUGGAUACAGAAUCCCUGACUGGGCCUCAAGCCGUUGCUAAAGCAGCCAAAGUGACCUUCAGUUUAGACCCCAUACCUAAGACAACUGUCGUACAUUUCAAAGUUUCUUCCCAAGGCAUUACACUGACAGACAACAACAGAAAACUCUUCUUCCGGCGACAUUAUCCAGUUACUGCAGUGACAUAUUGUGGAAUUGACCCUGAAGACCGAAGAUGGAACAAAGUCAAUGUACCUGGAACAGGAGGAGCCAAGGUGUUUGGUUUUAUUGCACGUAAACAAGGAGGAGUUUCUGACAAUGCCUGCCAUUUGUUUGCUGAACUUGACCCGGAACAGCCUGCCUUUGCGAUCGUCAACUUUGUCACCAAAGUAAUGGUGGGACCUAACAAAAUCAAAUGAUUCAGUGAACAACAAUCUUCUUUUGACUAACAUAUUGAAAUAGAAACAUGUGUGUAUGUGUGUGUGUGUGAGGGAGAGAGAGAGUGUGUGGGUGUUUAUGCAUACAUGACCAUAUGAAGAAUAUAUAUAUAUACAUAUAUAUAUAUACACACACACACAUCUGUGUGUGUG